AACAUUGAAGUCAAAAUUCAAGAACCACACCAACGCCUACUAUUUUCACGGCGACUCUCUUUUGAUUACUCAGAAAAAAAACUAAACGAUCAUACAGGAUUGAAUUUGAAGCAGCUAUGACGACCCAAUUAAACCCUAAAAAGACUGCUUGUGUGAUCGGUGGUACUGGGUUUGUGGCUUCUUUGCUAGUGAAGCUGUUGCUCGAGAAGGGCUACGCAGUCAAUACAACAGUUAGGGACCCAGGAAAUGAGAAGAAGAUAGCUCACCUCAUGGCACUAAAAGAAUUAGGAGAAUUAAGAAUAUUUGGAGCUGAUUUGACAAAUGAAGAAAGCUUCAACGCUCCCAUAACAGGUUGUGACCUUGUCUUCCAUGUUGCGACCCCUGUUAAUUUUGCUUCUCAAGAUCCUGAGAAUGACAUGAUAAAGCCAGCAAUCCAAGGAGUACAUAAUGUUCUGAAAGCCUGUGUAAAAGCUAAAACAGUCAAAAGGGUCAUUUUGACGUCCUCAGCUGCAGCUGUGUCAAUCAAUAAGCUGAAUGGGACAGGUCUGGUCAUGGAUGAGAAAGACUGGACAGAUGUUGAUUUCUUGACUUCUGAGAAACCACCCACAUGGGGUUACCCUCUUUCCAAAACCUUAGCUGAGAAGGCAGCUUGGAAAUUUGCUGAAGAAAAUAAGAUCGAUCUCAUUACAGUCAUCCCUAGUCUUAUGGCUGGUCCUUCUCUCACAUCAGACAUUCCAAGCAGCAUAAAUCUAGCGACGUCGUUGAUAACAGGAAAUGAGUUCCUGAUAAAUGGAUUGAAAGGCAUGCAAAUGUUAUCAGGCUCUAUCUCAAUAACGCAUGUGGAGGAUGUUUGUCGUGCUCAUGUUUUUUUAGCUGAGAAACAAUCAGCUUCUGGUCGAUACAUAUGUUGCUGUGUUAAUACCAGUGUUCCUGAACUUGCCAAGUUUCUGAUUGAAAGAUAUCCUCAGUAUAAGGUCCCUACUGAUUUUGGAGAUUUCCCUUUGAAGCCCAAGUUGAUUCUGUCAUCGCAGAAGCUCAUCGGUGAAGGGUUCAGUUUCAAGUAUGGAAUUGAAGAGAUUUAUGAUCAAACUUUGGAGUACCUGAAGGCCCAAGGGAUGCUGAAGUGAAGAGUUGUGAUGGCAUUUUUCAUAUGUGGUGUUAUGUAAUAAAAUCUUCAAGAAUAAUGCCUAAUGGAGGCCUAUAUGUAGUCAUUUUUCCCAGUAUGAGGCCUAUAUAUAUAUAGCAUGUCCUCGACGACUUUAAUUAGUAACUUUAAGUAUUAAAUUAAAAUUUUCAUUAAAGAGGAAAA